GAAUAAGUCACGUGAGCGUCACCAUGGUACAUCGUGAGGCUAAAAUGCGUUACCAAAUGUUUCAUUAGCUAGAAAAAAAAUCAAAAGAAAUGAGCGACGCGAAUGUGUGUUUACUUCUUGGAGCGACUGGAGUCGGAAAAACUUUGCUAAUUAAGCGUCUACAGAUGUUCAGUGUUCAUGGUUCCGUGGAGUUUGACUCUCUUCCUGCCACGCUUCCCACAGUGGGAACCAAUCUGACAGAUCUGACAAUGAAAAAGAAGAAGGUGACAGUCAGAGAGCUGGGAGGCUGCAUGAGUCCUAUAUGGCCCAGUUAUUUUAAAGAUUGCUCUUCUCUUAUAUUUAUGGUGGAUUCAGCCAAUAUUGCACAGGUAUCUUCCUCUUGUAUCCAGCUACUCUCUGUGCUCUCAGCUAAACCUCUCUGUAACGCUUCAGUGCUUAUUCUCUUCAACAAGAGGGACGUACCUUGCAUUAUGAGCCCUACUGAGAUGAAAUCGCUGUUUAGGAUGGACGACAUCACUGCAUCAGCGACACAGCCCGUCUCUGUGCUGGAGCUCAGCGCUCGCUCUGGACAGGGACUGCAGGAGGUGUUGAGCUGGCUGGAGUCCAUCGCUGUCAAGUGAUUUCCGAUUGUGUGUUUACGGUGGUGCCCAAAAAUUUUACCAACAGCAAAGUCUGUGUAUUCAACCCAAAAAUGGGUAACUCUUGGGUAGUAAAAAAAAAAAAAAUAUGCACAGUAGAUGACAAGCAAUAAACGGUGAUUUGUAUUUGAUGUCCAAGCAAAAGGGAGGUCAUGAAAAAGUUAAAAUGAGAAGUACAUACUAAGUAAUAAUAGACUGAAUGGAA